ACCAACGACGUCACGCGUCCCGUCCUCAGGACAGGUCGCGCGUCACCUUGACAAGGGUUGUAUCGUGGAAUGAGGAAAAGAAGAUCACACCAUCUGGACAGAAUACUUUAAGAUAUUUAACUCUCAUCGAUAACAACUAUCAGCAAUGUGAAAAUUAGACAUCAUAAAUUGACCGCAUCACAGAAUUUGAAAGAAACAGUUAUAAGUCAGGUCCAGUUUCAGAAUGUACCGCCAGUGCGCGAGUCUGGUGGAACGACACCGGUCAGAGCUGAGUUUCGCAUUGCUGUUGUCAGGCUAUGCGCUCUACCUGAUUCUUGGCGCGUGGAUCUUCUCCGCCGUUGAGCUUCCAUAUGAGCAACGGCUGCGCGAACAGCUGGAGACCGCCCGGCAAAAGUUUCUCUGGGACAACGCGUGCGUGUCUGACGAAAGGCUCGAGGAGCUUCUGACCCGCGCGCUGCAUGCCAAUAACUACGGCGUGUCGGUGCUCGGUAACGCUAGUGAAAACAACUGGGACUUCAUCUCCUCUCUGUUCUUUACCAGCACAGUUCUAACCACCACGGGCUAUGGUCACACUGUACCACUGUCAGAUGGAGGAAAGGCAUUCUGUGUGUUCUACUCUCUCCUCGGAAUCCCCGUCACUCUCCUCUUCCUCUCCGCCCUGGUACAAAGAAUUAUGGUCCUGGUGACGCGCCGACCUGUGGCGUACCUUCACCUGCGAUGGGGAGUGUCCAAACCAAAGUUUGCCGCUGUCCAUGCGGCAUGUCUAUCCGUUGUUGCAGCACUGCUCCUCUUCCUCCUACCAGCGGUAGUGUUCUGCAGGCUGGAGCCUCUAUGGAGCUACCUGGAGUCCCUCUACUUCUGCUUCAUCUCACUUACUACAAUUGGCCUAGGAGACUAUGUACCUGGAGAGACUCACAAUACCAUUCCCAACUCUCACCGCACGCUAUAUAAGCUGGCUAUUACACUGUACCUGUUGCUUGGCUUGGUCUGUCUGUUGGUGGUGGUGGAGACGUGUUGUGAGCUGCCACAGCUGAAGAGCUUCAGGAGGAGAUUCUACAGAGAAAAUAAUGCUCCAGAGUCAGAGACCAGAGACCAGGAGGAGUUUAGCAGCACAGAACAUGAUCAAAUGACUGACCACCUAACUGAUCAGCUGACCUUCUCCUCAGUGUCCGCCCAGGCUGCCUCCCUCCGCCAGGACAACACAACAUGGCAAUAGCAUAAAAUAGAUACUUCACUGUGUAUUGAUGAGAAUGGAAAUGUGUCUUCUGCCUUAUGCCCCUCCUCCCACACACACACAACCACACACAUGCACACGCACCCACACACGUUGAGAUGCAGCCACAGUGCAGCGGGAGCCAUUGUGGGGGGUUAAAAUGUCUUGCUCAAGGGAUUGUAUAUAGGAUCAGAAACCAGCAGCCUUCCAUCUGCCAGUUCAGUUCCAUUCCCAUUUUUGUGUCGCCUGGUCCGGGGUUUGGACCAACAACCUCCCAGCUGUUGGGCACGUUCUUUUUGCAUCGCCUGGUGCUUGGGUUGGGCGGAGAUUGUACAUUUUAAAGUAGACCAUUCCAAUGGUUCUAAAGUGAAUUCUCCACCAACUAGACAAUGCAAAACAAGUGCACCCAUAAAGUGUGUGUAUAUGUGUGUACGUGUGUGUGUGUGUGUGUGUGUGGGGGGGGGGGGGGUAUUGUAUGCAUGCCACUGUCUUGUGAGCAGGAUGGUUUUGGGUGCUCUACACUUCCUCAUUCAAACAAAUUGUGUGGCUAACCAGUGUGUUGUGGGAUUGGCGAUUACUCUAGACCAGAAUCUCCCAAUCUCAGUCACUUUUUAAAAAAUAAAUCAAAAUAAAUUCAGGGAGCUGGCAUUUCAUGGGAGAUAGUCUCCCACAGCUAAAUAAUGCAAUUCAGUAAAGGUAUAGCUUGAGUGGUGGUGGCAUUGAUGGUACUAAAUGGUUAGAGCAUUGGACUAGUAACCGGAAGGUUGUGAGUUCAAACCCCCGAGCUGACAAGGUACAAGGUACAAGGUACCCCUGAACAGGCAGUUAACCCACUGUUCCCAGGCCGUCAUUGAAAAUAAAAAUCUGUUCUUAACUGACUUGCCUGGUUAAAUAAAGGCUAAAAAAAUAAUUAAUAAAAAAAAAUAAUAAUAAUAAUAAAAACAUCAGUCAGACAGGCCCGGAGUUUUGCAUCAGGCACCUCUGUGUCUGAAGUUCACAGCUACUCCUCUGUAGGUAGGCUGGAACAUCCACCACCAAAUGUGUAGUACCUACCUGGGUGAUGAUUCGGGAGAUAUAAGAGCCUGAGAGACCACCACACCACAGUCCACAUCCUUCCAGAAACAGGAGCAGGUGGAAUAAAAAGCCGGUGCUGUGUUGAUCAGGUGUUGAUGCAUUAUUCAAAUUAGAUUAGACAGCUGGCUAGCUAUAGCUAGCCAAGUCAAGUAAACAGAUUUGCCAUUGUCAGUCCUGCAAUUCCAGAGGUCACCAACAGAUAUUUUUGCUUAACCCUCAACUGGUUAUCAAAAACCCCCAAAAGUAUUUUAAAAAUGAAAAAUAUAUAUAAAAACACGUCACAAUUGCAAGAAAGAUGUAUAAUAUUUACAGAGCUCUAUGCCAAGGCUUCCUCACAGGUGAAAAGUGAUUGCACAUUUUGAAACCAUGCAGCCUACCGGGUGAGGGUUGGGGUGUGAGCCGCGUACCCUGUUCAAAGCGGCUGGCAAAGUCUGCUCAAAACAAAUUGUCGUAUGUAAAGCACGUGGAGAAGGGGGAGACCAAGGUUGGUUGUCACAGUGCUUAUAGAGAGCAAUGGUAAUGCCGUUUUUUUGUAGACACCAACUCUGCCAAGGCUCGUUGGCCAAGCCUAUCGGGAAAUUCAUUCGGCCUCAGAAAUUGCCCAAAUAAAUGCUUCAGAGUUCAAGUAACAGACACAUCUCAACAUCAACUGUCCUGAGGAGACUGUGAAUCAGGCUUUCAUGGUCAAAUUGCUGCAAAGAAGGCUGGAUGUUGUGCAAGAAUUAAAAGCCUAACUGACAGUGACAGGCUCACCAUUAAAUUCGUCAUCGUUCUUCUCGAAUCUGGACAUAAAACAUUAUAGAGGAAAGAUAGAUAUCGAUUUUUAGACAUGACAUGUAAUAUUUUCAGAUUUUAGUAUCCGUUUUUCAAAAUUUGAUGUUUUUUAAAGAUUUCUCACAAAAACAAGCUUACCAUUGUGAAAUGACAACUGAGCGUACCGCAAGCGUUCUAUUUUCAAUGCCUUUUACAUUUAACCUUUUACAUUUAAUUCAGUUCGUGUGAUGUUAAUUUAGCUUUUUGCGACCGCGGAAACAACUUUGCAGACGAACACCACAACAUGUAAAAUCCCCAAAAGUCGCUCUGUCAACAGGUCUCGGUGCUUGUUAUUGGAUGUAUGAAUCGUGACACAUGAAUCGCAGCAAAUUGGUUCCAUUUCAGCAUUGGUGUAAAGUACUCUAGUAAAAAUACUUUAAUACUAAUUAAGUCGUUUUUGGGGGUAUCUGUACAUUACUAUUUAUAUUUUUGACAGCUUUAACCUCACUACUUUUCUAAAGAAAACAAUGUACUUUUUACGCUAUAUGUUUUCCCUGACACCCAAAAGUACUCCUCCUGCUUUGUAAAUGAUAUCUGAGUGUUGUGUGCCCCUGGCUAUCUUUCAUUAAAAAGAA